AUCAUGCUGUUAAUUAUAUUUGUGCUGGAGCUCAUGGUCGUGAUUCUCUUCUUCGUCUACACCGACAAGAUUGAUAAGUACGCUCAGCGGGACCUGAAGAAAGGGCUUCAUUUGUAUGGAACUGAUGGAAAUAUUGGUUUAACUAAUGCAUGGAGCAUCAUACAAACAGAUUUCAGAUGCUGUGGUGUCUCCAACUACACCGACUGGUUUGAAGUGUACAAUACCACACGGGUGCCAGAUUCAUGCUGCUUGGAAUUCAGUGAAAACUGUGGUCUUCAUUCCCCAGGGACCUGGUGGAAAGCUCCUUGCUAUGAAACAGUGAAACUAUGGCUUCAGGAGAACCUGUUAGCAGUGGGAAUUUUUGGAUUGUGCACAGCAUUGGUUCAGAUUCUUGGACUGACAUUUGCAAUGACCAUGUAUUGUCAGGUUGUCAAGGCAGAUACCUACUGUGCAUAAAAAACAUCUUUAGAGUCCGUCAACCACCUCUCCACAAGACGAAAGAGAGAGGACUCUUCAUCAUGUUGUCAUAUUUUUUCUAUGUAAAAUAAACUGUAUAAUCCUCUAUGGAAAAAUUGUGGAUCACCCCAGUUUGUCACACCACUCAAAAGGAAUCAUCAUGGAACUCAGACUUGCUCAGACAAAAUAAAUUCUUCUCUCUAAAUGACAAGAAAACAAAGAAAGAAGUGGCUCCCUUUUGCACAGACUAUGGUUUAGUUCGAGGCUGAGUUUAAUCUUGUUUUCCCUGCAGGCUGCUGACAAAUAGAAAUGUUCCAUCUAGCACAGGGAAUCCAGUAAAUUCCUCAAAGUACAGACAGCCCUUUCUCAAGAUGGAUAUAGAGGAUAUGGAGUAGCCAUUUCUUAACAUUUGGUUUUAGACAGCUUAGCACAUCAGCCCAGGAGUAUGCUUUGGACUCUCAAAAUUGCAUCACGGAAUGAGAGGUCUUUGGGGAAAGCCUCUACUCGAAGAAGUGGUUUCUGAUGUCAGGUCAGAUCUGGCCUGUAAACAGAAAUGGAAUCUUUACGCUUAAACCAGUGUAACAGCGUUCAAAUAAUGAUGUCUGCAUACAUCCAUAUCCAUAUACACACACAGAUCAUUCUAGCAGCUGCUGAUAGGAGCAGAGCAGUCCUCUCUUCCUUUGUAUUCCAAGGGACCAUGGAGACAAAUGGAAAUAUUUCCUGGGGAAGAAAUUUAGGCCACCAAGAAACAAGCAGUUACAUCAAACAGAUCUACUCUUCAGUGAAUAAGUAGCCACCUUUCUGUCCCUGUCCUCUGGAUUUUCUUUUAAGUGUCAUUCCAGUUUUGGUGUCCCAUGUGUCAUUCGUUUCUGUACUUCAGCUCUUCGCCUUCUCCAUAAUUUGCUUUGUCGUAUUUUCACUUUUAAAUAGGAUAGAUUCACUAGGAAAAAAGCCCACUCUGUAAACAUGCUUUGUAGCUGAUUUUUAAGGAACCAAAUUAUUCCAAGAAGGAAUUGGGAGGUUUGAAGAAAUUCCCCACUAACAAAAAAGAUUUUACACAGACAUUCAUUUCCCUGUUUCUUUUCUCUGCAUUAAUAUAGAUGAAAGAACAUGUAGGGAAAUGUUUUCAAGUACAUUCCCAUCACUGCUUACCAGCAUAGGCUAGUGAGAGGCCAGCAUAGACUACAAGAAGUUCCAGAAUAUUUGCCCUCCAUCUCAACAAUGAAGGUUUAGAUCAAGACGCUUGGUGGGUCAGCUCUCUCUGUCCUGCUGUAAUAAAUAAUAUAUGAUCAAAAAUGAGUGGGUAAUCAGUGUAGGUGAGCACUAAUAAAAUUGUGCAUGCUGACAGAGGAUUGACCAGACUUAGAAUGCAUAGUUGUAAGCCAAUAUUGAAAGAGAAACAAUAUACCAUUAAAUCUGUGGCAGUCAUAACUGAAAUUGGCCUUGAUCAUGAAUAUGUUGUCCAUGAUCUUAAUAUCCAAGUAGAAUUUGAGAUAGGUGUGUAUGUAUUAUUAUUAAUCCACUCAAAAAAGUCAGUUCUGCUCAAAAAAGCUAAUGGACUUAAUUCAGUCCUUCCCUUUCUUUCUACCCUUUUACAUACAGUAGGUCACUGUUUAUUUUGUCAGUAAUGGAAGACAAUAGAGCCAGUUUGGUGUAGUGGUUAAGGCCCCAGGCUAGAAACUGGGAGACCAUGAGUUCUAGUCCCA